ACUUUGCAAUCGAUGUCAGUGUGCCAGGGGUGUCAGUGUCAGUGUCAAUGACAUGCGCUAAAGUUAUUCUUUACAAAAAUCCUACAGCGCGUGUGCACAAGGCUCCUAGCUCAAAUCUUCAGCCGAGAUGAACUAUCAACAUUACAGGGCCACCACGUUGGGCAGCACGCUCCAGGAGACUUUGGAUGAGAUGAUGGAGAGGGGCGAUAUAACCCAGGAGAUUGCUAAUUUGGUUUUACAAAAAUAUGACAAGAGCGUUACAUCAGCUCUUAAGGAGCAUGGCACGAGCAAUAUGACCUUUACGGCCGGAAGACUGCAAACCUUUAGAUUCUGCGACAAUGUGUGGACUCUGAUCCUAAAGGACGCGGAGUUCCGCGAGGAUCAGCAUUCCAUGAAGGUCGAUGUGGUCAAAGUCGUGGCCUGUCUUGGAAAAGACAAUGUAAAUGAAUAAAGAGCACUCGCACUGAAAGUUGCUGGCAACUAA